UCAAACGCUGAACAGGAAGAAAAACUCCAGCUUGUUCUGUUCUCUGAAUGCCGUAUUACAGAUAAUAACGAGCCACAAGAAAGCCACAUUGGAUUGUAGACAUUUCGAGCUAAAAUGAGUGCAGCCUCCACACCGGUCUCCCGGAUACGUCAAGGAUGGACGUCAUCCUCCAUGAAGAACAAGGGUCUGUCCCCUGCAGCCUGCAGCACCCCACUGCUGACAGCCUUCCCCGGCAAUGACGAUGAGCAGGAACGACGUCAGCGUAGAAGAUCAAGAGUCAUUGAUCUUCAAACUGCCACCGACUCCUCCUUCAAUGACUCUGCAUCUCAUAGUGCUGCAGGGACUCCUGCUGCCGUGCCCAAGCUGUCAAAUGCACAGAUCUCAGAGCAUUACUCCACCUGUAUAAAACUCUCCACUGAGAACAAAAUCACCACUAAAAAUGCAUUUGGUCUGCAUCUGAUUGAUUACAUGGCUGAUAUUCUCAAACAGAAGGAUUCUGAGCUCACAAACUUCAAGGUGGCAGCUGGCACUUUGGAUGCCAGUACAAAGAUCUAUGCUGUGAGGGUGGAUGCUGUUCAUGCUGAUGCCUACAGGGUGCUGGGCGGCCUGGGGGCUGAGACCAAACCAGGAGAAGACCAUGGUCCGAAGGAGGAGGACGGAGAUGACGGUGAAGUGACUGCCAAGCAGCCGAAGAGAAAGAGACCUCCUAAGAGGACAGUAGAGCAGAACCUUGGCAACAUCAAUAGCGGGGAUUCUGAGCGAAAGUGUGAGGUGGACCCCAUGUUUCAGCGGAUGGCCUCGUCUUUCGAUGAGAGCAGCACGGCCGGAGUCUUCCUGUCGGUUCUCUUCAGUGAGAACAGUCGCUGCGAGCUGCUGUUUCCCUCCUACAUGACCCUCCUGCAGUCCACACCAUCAUACUCUCCUCCACCUCCCCAGGCAGUCCAUGCAUCCCCCUUCAUUGCUGGACUGCAGCGUUCCAAGGAGAAAAGCUCCAUCUGCCCCUCGCUGCAGGACUUCUCCUUCACGAGCUGGAACCCUGAGCAGACCAUGAAUCAGCUCUUGGAGAAAAUCAAGCAGGGGGAACACGUGUUUGAUGUGAACGCUGAGCCCGAGCCUGAAGAUGAUGACUGCCCUGACUUUGAUGCCGACUACGAGGAGGGAGUGGGUGACUGUGAGGAGAGAUCCAAGGAGUACAAGGACGGUUGUGAAGCCUCCGGCUCCGGCAAAGGGAGGGAUGUGAUUCCCAUCGGAGAGGGAGACAUCACCACCAUGUGUAUGCAGCUGUCCUCUCAGCCCAGGGAGUAUUCCUACUUCAGCCCCAGGACCAUGGCCACGUGGGCUGGCCCCGGCUACUGGCAGUUCAAGCCAAAGCACAAGUUGGACCAUUUGCCGGACAAGGAGACGCGUAAAAGGAAGCCCAAGAAGACCUUUGAAAUCGACUUCAAUGAUGAUGUCAACUUUGACACCUACUUCCGCACCACGAGAGCUGCCACCACCAACAGCAAGUCUGCCCUCAGUGCAAGCAAUAAGAAAACCACUCUGCCAGCGGACUUCCAGUUUCCCCCAGAGACGCUCUCCCAGCUCAACCUCAAACCCUCCAGCUCGUUGAGUCAAGAAGGCCAGAAGAGGCUGUCUGGAGAGCUCGGAGAAGGUAUUGGCGACUACGACUACAACAAUGCCAACGACACAGCCAACUUCUGUCCAGGUCUUCAGGGUGGCGACAGUGAUGAUGAUGGCGAAGGGUUUGCCGGUUCAGACGAUACACAGCCUUCAGGUGAUGGUAUACCUCCGCCCUCACAAGACCAAGAGGGCAUCUCAACCUACGGGGAGGAUGAUCUGGUUCCUCAACCACACAGGGUCAACAUGAUUGAGAUCAAUUAUGCUAAGACGGCAAAGAAAAUGGACAUGAAGAGACUCAAAAACAACAUGUGGACUCUUCUGACCGAAAGCCCGGACAAAUCUACGGAGGAGGAGGAUACUGUGGAGAAACAAGAAGUGUGUGGGGAGAAAGUCUUCAGUCAGACCACAAAGACGCUGCUUCAAAGAUUGCCAAACACGAUGGCUCAGAACCUGUCGGUGCCUCUGGCUUUUGUUGCUCUGCUUCAUCUUGCCAAUGAAAAGAACUUGGAGCUGGUGAAGGUUGAUGACAUGUCCGAUAUCAUCAUCAGACAAGGCCACUGAGGAGAAAUAUAGGAUGAGAUGUUGCUUUGGAAAAUCGCUGCUAUUCUCUACUUGUUUGUCUCUUUUACUCUUUACUGUUGUACCACUCGCUUGUUUAGAUGUAUCAAUCUUUUUAUUCAUUUUGUAGCAAAUACGGUUUAUAGCAACCGUUUAAAAGUCAAAUCUGCCUCUAUUCCUUCACUAGGAUUUGCUUCUUCUAUUAUUCUGUACUCUGUGUGUAGAUAAUUUCACUGCUCAACCACUGCACAAAUAAUGUAUAUUGUCAAAAGAAAUAAAAGCCUUUUUCU